AUCAGUGUUGAUUUGAAAUAUCAUAAUGAUCUCAAAGACAUUUAUUUGGUCAGUCUUAUUUAGUUUGAGUGUGGCACGCGGGCAGCUUCUCGAUCUAAUGUUGCCACAGACUGAAAAUUCAACCCGAGCUCUGACAAACCGGAUCCAAACAGCCGAUAACACCCCCGAUCUCUUCGAUGGAAAAUUCGCUAAAAACGUCCUCCAUUUACUCAGCAGUGUAACCAAGAGUGUAGCCAAAACCAUGGGCUCGGACAAGGACGUUCUCGAUCUUUUGGAUAACAACGUUCUAAUUUCAACGCGAAGGAAUUUUGUGAAAGAUUUCGAAUCCGGCCGCCACAACGAAGACUGCCACCUCAGCAGCGUUCAGCUCAUUACAAAAUAUGGACAUCUAGUGGAGACUCACGAAACUGUCACUGAAGAUGGAUAUAUCCUUACUCUGUUAAGGAUUCCCAGCGACGGCCCGGUAGUAUUCCUGAUGCAUGGAGUGUUCGGAAGUGCUGAUGAUUUUUUGCUGUCGGGUCCUGAAAACAGCAUCGCGUAUUUCCUGGCGAGGGAAGGCUACGAUGUGUGGCUGGGUAACUCACGCGGCUCCAAACAUUCUCGGCGACAUCAGUACCUAAAGCAGUCUUCGGCCAAAUAUUGGGAUAUAUCCUGGCACGAGAUUGGCUAUUACGACCUCCCAGCUAUGAUAGAUUACACUUUGAACAAAACGGGCCAAAUGAAGUUAAGAUACAUCGGAUACUCACAAGGCAGCACAUGUUUCCUGGUGAUGGCAUCCGAGCGCCCCGCGUACAAUGCGAAAGUGUCUCUUAUGAUCGCAUUAGCACCUAUAGGUUUCUUGUACAACGUGAAGUCUCCCUUUGCGCGAAUGUUGCAUUACACUCCGAUAAUUUUAAACAUGUUCUACUCGAGUGAAGGUAGUAAGCUUUACAUGCAACGGGUGUGCGGGAGUGGGGGAUUAAUGGAGUCGUUAUUCUGCCAAUAUGUCGUGAUGUUUGUUGCUGGAUUUAACCUGGAACAUUUGAACGCAACAUCCCUUCCAGCAGUACUCAGUCACUCGCCAACCAGUUCAUCAGUGAAACAAUGUGUACAUUAUGCGCAAAGUAUCGUAUCGGGGAAGUUUAGGCAGUUCGAUUACGGCGUUGCCGAGAAUAUGCAUCGCUAUGGGUCUCGCGACCCGCCUGAUUAUGAACUUGAAAAUAUAAACGCACCUGUCGCUGUGAUAUACAGUGACGGAGACUGGCUGUCUGAUGACCGCGACGUCGAGAAACUCUUGAGAAAAUUGCCAAGAGUGGUCAAAACCCACAAAAUUGAACGUGAAAACUUUACCCAUCUUGAUUACGUGUACUCCAAAAAUCCAAAAGAUUUGAUUCAUAAGCGAAUAAUCGAAUUGUUAUCUCGAUAUUAAUAACAUUGAUUUUAAACACGUCUGAUGCAAAUGUACAAAUAAUAUUCUUGUCAUUUCUUUGUAAGUCUUAUGUUACUAACUGUUUUUAUGCAAACUAAACUUUGUUUAAAGUACGAU